CCACUGACAAUUCACGUACUAUGUUUCCUGCAAUGCCAAACAUUCCUGCCUACGUGGCUUCCCAGGAACUCUCAUCCACCACCUCAACGACUACCACUACCACCGUUACCACCAAUACCACUACUACAAUGACAAGUGGUUUCAACCUGUAUUUCAAACCACCAGCAUCACCUUGGCUUAAUGACACUGGCUUAAUCAGUGUGGCUUCUCUACCGGUUACCAUGACUGUAAACUCAAUUGUCACUCCUGUGAUGACAUAUGGUCACCUGGACAGUAUGGUGGACAAGUGGAAUCUUCAACUGCAAGAGCAAGAGAAACACUUUCUUUAUCAGGCCAACCAACUGAAUCUUUGGAACCAUGCACUGAUUGAGAGUACUGAUGAGCUUAUUCUUUUAUACAACGAAGUGGAAAAGGUGAAACUGGACCAGACCAGGUUGGAAAGAGAAUUAGAUUUUGUCCUGUCACAGCAGAAGGAACUGGAACGUCUGUUGACUCCUUUAGAGGAGUUUGUGAAGGAACAGAAUGUGCCUUUUAAUCUGCUCUAUGUAGAUAAAGAGUAUGAGAGAAUCUACAAAUUAGCGGAAAACAUAGAUGCUGAGCUGAAAAAAAUGUCGCAAGAUCUCAAGGACAUUAUUGUUCACCUGAAUACACUUGGAAGUCCUGAUGACACCACUGUGCCACUUGAGCAGAUCUGCAAAAUUCUGAGUACUCAUAUGGACUCUCUGCAGUGGAUUAGUCAUAAUUCAGGCAUAAUGCAGAAAAAGGUAGAAGAGAUUACAAAGGCAUUUGAGGAGUAUCGUCGCAAGGAGCAGGAGUGCAAUAUGAAGAUUGCCUUUGAAUAACUACCACCCAACCAACUCUUUUUGGAUUAUUCAUAAACCCUGAAUUCUGAUGCUAUUAAAUAGAGUAGUGUUUACAGUUA